CUCGUAUGUCAGCUUCAUGAGGGGAACUUCCUGAAUUAUUUUAGUAAGCUUGUUAAAGAUUUUUCGCAAACAACUUGUGGGUUACAAGAUAUGAAUGAGGACCACGUCGUUUUCCCUCGAGGUCUUAACCCUGCUGUUCCUGACGUUAAUACCAUGGCCGGGGCCCUCGGUUUUCAAAAUAACAUGUUCUCGUGACAACUCCAAAAUCGUAAGGAAAAUUAUACAAAGCAAAUGGCUACCGGUGUUGGAAAGAUUUCAGGUAAAAUUACCUCUAGAGUGUCCAUUCCACCCCGCACGAGAUAUAUUCGCGCCACAACACGCUGCAAAGUUACAGCACCGUUCUUCUCAAUGGACCUGUGCAUUUUGCGGCAAAUCCUUUUACGAGGAGCGACACCUUGACACUCACUUUGAUCAACGACAUAAGACACAAAUAAAUAAGGCUGAAGAUGCAGUAUGUCUAGCAGACUAUUGUGAUAUAAUGCGGUGUCAAGUACUCAUUGCACACGGCCUUAUGAGUGACGGAAUCGUACCCAGCACUGACGUAGAAGUGUGGCAAGAUUUAGAGUCAGCGAGAAAAGCUCUUGCGCCGGCGGCUACGAGAAGUGUUGCUAAGGUACCGAUUCGUCGUCGGCAAAGGCCGAGACCUCCCCCAUUACCGGUGCCUGAUUGUCCUAGGACGGAACCAGAUAGUGAGGAAAUAGAAGCAAUAGACAACGGAGAAAAGAAAAGAGAAGAAAGUGAUGGUGAUACAAAUCAAACGGCGGAACUUUGUGAUGCUGACACAGUGGAGUCUUCAUUGCCACCUGAUAGCAGACAGAAGAGGCUUGCUGACCUGCAAGCAGAAAGAGCUGCCUGCGAUCCUAAUAAACUUCAAGGGUUAAAGGUGCGCUGUGAGAAAGUUGUUCAUUCGUGUAUUGCGACACUUCUUCUACAUCUCACACAGCCACAAUUUACGGAACUCGAAGAAGAGAUGCAACGAGCAGUCUGUUGGUACCUUAGUUGCGACCGGUACUGGGAAGACACAACACCUGCAGCCAGGGCUUUCCCCUGGCCUUUAUUAAUUGCCCUGGCCACAGGCCUGGCACUGGCCCUUUGUAUGUGCUACUACAUCAUUUGGAUUGUGUUUGAUUCUGAAGAGGGUAGCAUAGCGGGCAGCGCGUCAGUUUCCAUGACAACGCACUCGUCGCCAACGCGUGGUGAGCGCCUUGGCGCCGAAGACGCUAUGCUCGACGAAGAUCACGACGACCAUUACAUAUUUGUCAGUUAUCCACCAGAACUCAAGCGGAGAUUACUAGAAAGCUGCUACAAUAGAACGACCCGUCUUUGAAAACCAACGCAUCCAUCGUGUGCAUGAUUUUUUUAGUUUAGAUUAGAAAAGGACAGUCUGAUGUAGCCAAAUAUAAAUUUAAUCAUAUUCUGUGCCUUCAAUUACUCAACAAUUUAAGUGAUAACGGUAUUCGACAUAGUUAUAACAUUAAAAUUCGUGUUAUGAUAAAACGUAAUACUAGAUUAUCGCACGCGAUUUUUAUUACUUAAUAUCACAACAAUAUGCAUUAAAUAUUUUUUUUUAUGUAUAAACAAAUACAUAAACAAUGAUUAUGAAUAAAACACAUAAAAAAGUUUAUUUGAAAAUAAAGUAGUAUUUACCACUAAUCACAUUCAAUAAUAUCAACUGUCAAGUUAGUACUAAUUUACAUUAUCGUUACAUUGCAAAGAAUUGAUAUUUGGAUUUCGUGGAAUCCUUAUCUAAAAAAUGACUAUAAUGCAAGUUUUGCGAUAUGUUUAACAACCAAAAUUUUCUAUAACAGAUAAACAACAUUAUUUGCAUAUACGCCGAGUUAUGUAAAUAACGUGAUAAUUCGUGUUAGAUAUAAAAUAUUGAUUUAACUGUUCCUGCGUAAACAUUUAUUAAAAAACGCGUGCGAUAAUAAACUUAAACAUGAUUGUAAAUGGGAUCAAACAAGGAACAGAAGAUGAUUAACACAAAUCGCUCGCACAAUAGCUUAACUUAAUUUCUAAAUAAUAUUGAAAUCAAAACUUAAGUUUAGUGUUUUUAAAUUUUUAUUUAGACGUAGUUUGCUUAAAAACGGUGCCUAUUGUAAAUUUUUAAGGAAACGCCAGUUGUAGAGUAGGCAAUUUUAUUAGAAAUAUUGUUAAUAAUGCUUUAUCCGUAUCUGAAUUUUUUUCAAAUUGCAAUUUCGUUCAAAAAACAAUUUACACAAUUGUGACUUUAAAAUUUCACUUUCGACGUACGCAAGCAUAAAUUGAUGAUUUUAAUCGAAAUUGUACCUCAAGUUAGAUCAUUUUCAUUUCAAAAAGCUUUACCAUAAGGGAUUUUCAGCAACUUGAUGAUUCUUGUCCUUUGAUAAGUUUGCUAAUGUACCUGAUAAAUGUUUUAAGUAGUUAAUUUAUGUAGCUUCGAACCAGCGAUGAGACUUAGCGCGAAUUAUGCCUCUCGUAUGGCAAAAAACGUAUUUAAUUUGACAUACGGGAAUUAUACUUAGGGCUAAGUCUCGUGUGUACGCUUCACGUAACAAAUUUUUGUGAAAUCUGUGUAUGAGGUAAAUGUCAUGUGUUAUUUAUGACGUGCACUAAAUAAAUCGGUAUUAAUUAUUAUUAUAAUAAAUACGACUUUCAAAGUCCACUAAACGCAUACAAAAGUCCUUUUAUUUGUAUAUAUUAGUUUAUUUGUGGGCAUGCGAUUAAUUUUGCUAAAUUAUAAUUGUAACUGUCUUCGUCAUUAUGUGGUCGAAUUAAUCUAAGAUCAUUGACAAGGUCAUAAAAGGAGAGAUUAUAUAUUUUACCAGUAGAAAAGAGAGAAGUGGAGACGUUUCCAUUAUUUAAUAUAAAACAUUAAUGCAAAGAAAGAGAAUUAUUAUAUCGUAGGGAAUGUACUAAGGAUGCGCGAUGCGGCAAUUUCUCUUAAGCCAAACAAACAGGCGUAGAUAUAUAUAUAUAUAUUUGAUAGCUGAGCUUCUUGCCCGUUCUUAUCUACAACAAGAGAACAAGGUCUCCUGCUAGUUUUGCAACGGAUGCGUAGUUUUGCUCUUUCACAAAUUUUGUAAACGUUUUUGACAUAAGCAUGCGCUGAGACGCAUCUAAACUCAAUAAGCGUAUUUUGAUUUUUGAUAUAUAUCAUAAAACUUCUCCAUUAUCGCAACAUCUGAAAAUGUAAGGAACUAUUAACGUGAAUAAAUAUUGCUUUCGUUGCCUAAUAUUAGUCGUAAGUAACGUUAUAAGAAAUUAUCGUUUUGGCAUUACGCAUUAUUGGUAAAAUCAAAUUUGUACUUUAAAUUUCCGUUCAUCUAGAAUAUGAAGAUUCUAGAAGAACGUUAAUGUAACUCGACUCAAUCAGAGAAUUAAAUUUUUUUUGACAAAUAUUUCCAAACUUCAAAAUAUUUCACAAUCGAACUUACAAUUUCUCGAUAAAUCUCUUAAUAUUUUUUGACAUCACUUCAUUGUGCCUCGUGGCAAAAUUACUAACGAUGGAAGUAGGAACCAUAAGGAUGUGGUUAAACAUUCAUACAUCAAUCAUGUAAUAUGUUGGAGAUGAAGUGAUGGUGUGGCGAGUGUGGUGCUAGUACAAAAUUUGACUAUCCCCGCAUCUCCCUUAUCUUAAAUGAAAAUAUCACGGGGAUCCAGAAUCUUUGACCUGAAUUUUACGGCGUCUACCAUAGAAUGCUAAUCACAUACAUAUAUAUAAAUAAAUAGAUACAAAAAUCGAAGACCACUUGACAGGUACUUUUUCACGAAAAAAAAUCUACGUUUUUCAUUAUAUGAAUAAUAUAAUCUAUUUCUUUUAGAAAACGCAUCGUAUUUAACGUGAUUUUACUAUAUUUCAUAGGUCUAUUUACAUUCUUAGUAACCUCAUUUGUAAAGCUUCAAUGAGACUGAAGAACUCAUUUAGGUUGGAAUUUAAAAUUAAGAAAAUCUUUUUAACAUUCACGUAAUGUAAGAUA